AACCUCCGCGAACGGCAGAAAGACGAGCAGAACCGAGUGGAACGCGCUCACACAUCGUCAAGCGAAAGGAAAAGAAGAAGAAGAAGAAAAAAAGGAACGAACAUGAAGAUCUCAGCGUGGCUGUUCGUGUUCGCCGUCUGCGCCGGCCAAUCCGCGGCGGACACGUUGGCCACCUUCUUCCGCCAGAAGCUGGACAACGUGCUGAGGGAGGCGAGCGGUGAUUGGCCGGAGAAUUUCACCGCCAAAGCGGUCGCGGUGACUCUCGGCAAGGACGGGCACGGCUGGAUGUCGUUCAGAGAGGGGCAACUGCACAACCUCUCCACGUGGACCCGCUCCGGGGACGUGACGAUGAAGUGCAAGCAGGACGUGGCGGCGCUGAUGUCUACAGUCGCCUUUCAGCCCUUGUGGGUCUCCCUCGACUACUGGUACGACAACGGCACGGAGCUGUUCUCGCCGGACGUCCUGUGGGCGGCCGUGUCUGGAGUCUCGGCACAGCUGCAGGUCGAUGUGGGCCUGGCCAAAGACACGCCGUCGACGGCCACUUUCCAACUGCAGAGCGCGGGCGCCGAGGUGACGCUGCACGAGAACACCACCUUCCAGAGCGACUCCGUCAAGCAAGAGGAGGUGGUCGCAGCCGUGAUGCGACACCUAGAGGGCGGGAGCGAGUCGGCGCUCGCCACGGUGCAGAAGAACAUCCAAGAUGUUCUGGCCGGCACACUCGCCAAGAUCUCCUGGGAUGAGAUACCCAAAAUAUGCGCUGCCGCUACAACACUAGCACCUACCACCACCACCAACACUGCUCCCCCUGCUUCAACAGCUCCUACCGAGAAACCUACAGAUACUCCUACCGAGAAACCUACAGAUACUCCUACCGAGAAACCUACAGCUGCUCCUACCGAGAAACCUACAGAUGCUCCUACCGAGAAACCUACAGCUGCUCCUACCGAGAAACCUACAGCUGCUCCUACCGAGAAACCUACAGCUGCUCCUACCGAGAAACCUACAGAUACUCCUACCGAGAAACCUACAGAUACUCCUACCGAGAAACCUACAGAUGCUCCUACCGAGAAACCUACAGCUGCUCCUACCGAGAAACCUACAGAUACUCCUACCGAGAAACCUACAGAUACUCCUACCGAGAAACCUACAGCUGCUCCUACCGAGAAACCUACAGCUGCUCCUACCGAGAAACCUACAGAUACUCCUACCGAGAAACCUACAGAUGCUCCUACCGAGAAACCUACAGAUGCUCCUACCGAGAAACCUACAGCUGCUCCUACCGAGAAAUCUACAGCUGCUACUACCGAGAAACCUACAGCAGCAAAAAAGAACCCCCAGUACUCUGCCGAUGAGAGCGGGAGGGCAUCCAGCGACGAGGGACGAAGGGAGAAUGACAUCGACGUGGCACUGACCAAGGAUCAAGCUGAACUCGUAGGCAAACUGAUAGCAGACUUGUUGAGUCAGUCCGGCGAGUCGUUCCCCAGCAAACAUUUGGAUCCUUACCAACUUGCAGACUCCGAGCAGGAACUUUACCAGACCCAGGACGGCGCGGCGACCCUGAACAUCGACCUGUUCUGGCUGAGGAACCUGACCGUCGCCGGGGACCCCGAGUACCAGAUCGUCGACAACUGGACGGCCACGGUGACCGCCGACAUCACAUUCAGCGACCUGCAGUACUCCGUCCAGCUCCUGGUCGACUCGACAAAGUCCACUUGGGAGGUCGAAGGCCACGCGGACCAACUCGUCGGGAAACUGGUCGUAUCCGUCCACGUGACGAACACCACCAACAGCACCGCCAGCUUCAAGAGUUUCCAGUUGAUGCCGUUCGUGUGGCUGACGGGCACCCCGACGCAAGGUCAGUCGGCGACGCGGGCCGUCGACGACCCCAAGGAGGUGCUGAGCGGCGUGAAGACCGCCUUCAAGGCCGCCGUGAUCCCCGCCUUGGUGGGCGCCGCCUCGGGGCCGGUGAAGAAGGCCAUCGACGGCAAGGUGUGGGACCUGGGCCCGGCGCUCGCCACCACGCCCGCCCCCCAGGUGCAGACGACCCCGGCGGCCGCAGCGCUCCCCGGCGUGCCCCGAGCCUGGGUCGUGGCGCUGGCCGCGCUGCUCGCCGCCUCCAGGCUGCUGUGAUCCUCCUUUCCCACCACCCUCCUCCUCAUCGUCCUUCAUGAUCCACCCACCUCCAGCUCCUUCACUCCCCAGCCGUUCCUCCAUCACGCUCCAUCCUCUUCCUCCAUCAACCUCCAGCCUUCUCUUCUUUCUGCAUCCAUCCUACAUCUUCCAUCUUCCAACAUACAUCCUCCUCUUCCUCAUUUAUCUUCUAACCUCAUCCAUCAUCCUUCCUUCAUCAACAUCCAGCCUUCUCUUCUUUCUGUAUAUUCUAUACCCGUCCAUCCUACAUCUUCCAUCUUCCAACAUACAUCCUCCUCUUCCUCAUUUAUCUUCUAACCUCAUCCAUCAUCCUUCCUUCAUCAACAUCCAGCCUUCUCUUCUUUCUGUAUCAUCUAUACCCGUCCAUUUUACAUAUUACAUCUUCCAACAUACAUCCUCCUCUUCCUCAUUUAUCUUCUAACCUCAUCCAUCAUCGUUCCUUCAUCAACAUUCAGCCUUCUCAUCUUUCUGUAUCAUGUGUACCCGUCCAUCCUACAUCUUCCAUCUUCCAACAUACAUCCUCCUCUUCCUCAUUUAUCUUCUAACCUCAUCCAUCAUCCUUCCUUCAUCAACAUCCAGCCUUCUCUUCUUUCUGUAUCAUCUAUACCCGUCCAUUUUACAUAUUACAUCUUCCAACAUACAUCCUCCUCUUCCUCAUUUAUCUUCUAACCUCAUCCAUCAUCGUUCCUUCAUCAACAUUCAGCCAUCUCAUCUUUCUGCAUCAUCUAUACCCGUCCAUCCUACAUCUUCCAUCUUCCAACCUGCAUCCUCCUCUUCAUCAUUUAUCUUCUCACCUACUUCUCCAUCAUUCAUCCUCCAACAUCAUGCCUUCAUAAACCUCUAUUUUCCUCAUAUUUCUAUAUCUUCUAUAUCCCUCCAUCCUACAUCUUAUGACCUGUAUCAUCGUUCCUUCAUCAACAUGUGUCCUUUUCUUCUCCGUUCCGUGUUUCAUCGUAAGACUGAGAACAAAGGCCCACUCUCCCGUUUCUUCUUCCUUCAGUGGCUGACACCUUAAAGCAAACCACUUCAACGGCGCUUAAAAAUUUACUACAUUCAUCAGAAUUUUUUUUAUCAAUAGACUGUACAUUCACUCGGAAUCAUAUGCCAUUAUGGAUAUAAACAUUUUUCGAGAACACUUAUUUUCUCUGUAACGUAACCAUAAACGGCAUAUUUACAUUAGUUAUCCUUUAUAUAUAUACGUAUAUAUAAACACACACACGCGAAAGAGGAGGUAUGAUUUCUUUAAAUUUUAUUAUAGACUUUCCUCUUCCAUAGUAGUUCGGUGAAAUGAUAUCAUUUCUACAGUCUCACACUGCCCGAUGAAAGUUCAUGUUCUCGCUCGAAAAGGUGUUACCAUGCCGCUAGGACCAGCGAGAUUCACCCUUAGCGCUUCGUUGAUUCUGUGUAUCACAAGCCUAAAAAAAAUGUUUUUCCAUUUGGUGAGGUCUUUGUUGAGGAAGCAUCCAGACUUUAAAUAGAGUCUGGGUUAUAAGUUAAAUAUUUUUUCUUUUUCUGUAUUUUUCAUAUAUAUAUAUAAAUAUAUAUAUUUAACUAUGAAGUACGAUAGAUGACUUAUAAAAUAAUAUGAACAUACAUAAAAAAGCACACAACUAACAAAACAAUAGAAAUUCUUAAAUAACUUUCAUCCAGGAUAUUGUAAAUGAAGUUUUUACAAAGUUAUCAGGCAAAUUGUCAAAUUUUUUUACGCGCGUUGCAUGACCUAUUUGACUGUGAAAUUUAAUCUCGUAACUGUAUCAGUUGGUAAAAUUUCACUCAUUACUUCGUCCUGGCAAACUUGAUUUGUGCGAAGGUCAAAUAGUCUGUAAAUAGCAGGUGUUUUAAAAUAUAAUUUUAGACAAACCAAAUCGUUCUUACGUAGACAUGUUUCAAUUUGUUGGUAGUAAAUAUUGUUGUUUUCAUAUCUGUUAAAAGAUAAUUAGAUAAAUACUGUGUAAAUAAUUUCAUUAAAUUAAACCAACAAUAUAUAGCAAUAUAUAGAUCAAUAGCUUACUUAGAAAAUUGUUAUAAAAUGUUUUAUACUAACGAUGAAUACUUUUGUAAUACAUUACUUCUUAAUCCCGUAAAGUGACAAUAUAUAAUCUCUUUUAAAUUUUUAUCAUCCAAACACUUGGUGAUUUAAUAAUUUUUCAUUACCUUUAAAUGUAAAGCAGAAUAUUUUUCAGCUGAAUAUUAUUGCACGAUAGUAAGAUACUAUAUAUCCAGAAAAUAACCAGUUCUUUUUAAAUUUUGUUACUUUUACUGUACAAUCUUUUUAUUUAAAAUUUUGUAAAUUCUUAAGUGAUUUCUGGUAAUGUAAAUUAUGAAAUAAAUAAAAGUUGGUUGUAUUUA